GACUCGUGGGAAAUGUAGUCGCGCCUACUGUGAUGUCACAAGGAGACACGUUGGAAACCGCGCUUCCGGCCUGCACACGUGGAUCGUUCCCAGAGUUGGUCAAGAUUCGGGUCCUGCUCAGUACUUGGUUUGCAUCUCUGACAUGGAGGUUCUCCGAAGGCCUGCUUGCCAGAGGACAAGUUCACUUUGUGGGGAAAUUGAAGAGAGAAGAUAGUUACGCAGAAGUUGUUGAAAUUGAUGCGUUUGCAGGACUGAGCAUUAAAUGAAGUGGGGUGGUUGGAACUAACUGGCACUGUCUCUGCACCUGAGCGCAUUACCGAGAAACUGCUCUCAUUUAGAGAUGUGGCCAUUGAGUUUUCUGCAGAAGAGAGGGAAUACCUGGAGCUUGCUCAGUGGAAUUUGUACAGGGAUGUGAUGUUGGAGAAUUACAGCAACCUUGUGUUCCUGGGUCUUGCUUUCUCUAAGCCAUACUUGGUCACAUUUCUGGAACAAAGAAAAGAGCCGUGGAGUGUGAAGAGACAUGCAAAAGUAGGCGCACAUGCAGGAUCAAAAUCCUAUAAAUGUAAAGAAUGUGGGAAAACCUUUGAUUGGAAACCGCUGCUUAUAAAACACCAGAGUAUUCAUACAGGAGGGAAACCCUACAUAUGUAAAGAAUGUGAUAAAGGUUUUAACUAUUCUUUCAACCUUAAAAAGCACCAAAGAAUUCAUACUGGAGAGAAACCCUACAAGUGUGAAGUAUGUGGUAAAGCUUUUCUCUGUUCUUCAUAUCUGCGUAAGCAUCAAAGAAUCCAUACUGGAGAGAAACCCUACAAGUGUGAAGAUUGUGGCAAAGCUUUUACUAGUGGUUCAGGCCUUGUUGUUCACCGAAGAGUUCAUACUGGAGAGAAACCCUAUGAAUGUGAAGAGUGCGGCAAGGCCUUUACUAUUCGCAUAGCCCUCUCUAAACAUCAAAGAAUUCAUACUGGAGAGAAACCGUACAAAUGUGAUGAAUGUGGAAAGACUUUUAAUGUUCUCUCAACACUUUCUAAACACCAGAGAAUUCACACUGGAGAGAAACCCUACAAAUGCGAAGAAUGCGGCAUGGCCUUUAACGUUCGCUGCAUACUUUCUAAACACCAGAGGAUCCAUACUGGAGAGAAACCCUACAAAUGUCAAGAGUGUGGCAAAGCCUUUAUCUGUUCUUCCAGCCUUCACCAACACCAACGAAUACAUACUGGAGAGAAACCCUACAAAUGUGAUGAAUGUGGCCAGGCCUUCACUUUGGCUUCAUACCUGCGUAAGCAUAGGAGAAUCCAUAUUGGUGAGAAACCCUACACAUGCAAGGAAUGUGGCAAAGCAUUUUACUGUUCAUUCAGUCUUAUUUACCAUCAGAGAGUUCAUAUUGGAGAGAACCCAUAUAAGUGUGAUGAAUGUGGAAAAACCUUUAGCAUUUAUUCAUCCUAUAUGAAUCACCAGCGAAUUCAUAGUGGAGAAAAACCCUACAAAUGUAAUGAAUGUGAGAAAUCCUUUAAUAACCGUCAAAAUCUAACUCGACACCAAAAAGUUCAUACUGGAGAGAAAGCCUACAAAUGCAAAGAAUGUGGCAAAGCUUUCACUUGUACUACAGGCCUUACUCAACAUGAGAAAAUUCACACUGGGGAGAAACCCUACACAUGUGAAGAAUGUGGUAAGGCCUUUAACUCUUCUUCAAACCUUAAACAUCAUUGCAGACUUCAUAGUGGAGAGCAGCCCUCCAAAUGUGAACAACAUGGCAACACUCUUGAAAAUUGUUCAGGAUUUACUAGACACAACAGACGUCAUACUAGAAACAAUCCAGUUUAAUGCAAACACUGUUGCAAAGCCUUCAAUAAUGUUUACCUAUAACUCAAUACAAUAAGAAUAAUUCAAAACGAUAGAAUUGCAAGGAAUUUACUAAUAAUUCAACCCUUCUUCAUCACCAUCAAUUUAGUACUGGAGAGAUCUUGUAAAAGCAAAGAAAGGAGUCUCAACUGUUGAAUAAUAUUUUAUACACAUGAUCAAAAAUGCACAUAUGAGAGAAAUCCUACAAAUUCAAAUAACACAAGAAAUCCUUUAUUCUUCACAACACAAUCAACAGAAGUAUUGUUGAGAAACCCUUCCCAAUACAAUGUGGCUACCUUUAAGUGAAGCCAGAUCUUCAUUAACUCUGAGUGAAUUCACAGACACUACACAUAGGAAGAUAAUUUUCAAAUAUAUAAACUUGAAAAGAGAAAAUUUGUUGUAGUAGAAAUCACUGUGUAAAUAGUGUAACAAUCCUUACCCAAUCACUUACAUAUAAAGAAAUAUAUGGAUGUUAUUGGAGACAAACCCUGUGAAUUGUUUUGGCUAUGUUGGUUAGUUUAUGUUAACUUGACACAAACUAGAGAUACCUGGGAAGAAGGAACCUAUAUUGGAGAAUUGCCUGCCAGCCUGUGGGCAUGUUUUGGGAGUAUUUUCUUGAUUAAUGAUUGAUGUUGGAGGGCCUCUUUCCC